GGCCGCGCGGGGCGGAGCGCGCGGACUGGCGCUGAGCUGCCCCGGUCCGGGUGAUCUCGAAGGGCCGGUCGGCAUGCGGGAGGCCGCGGCGUACGCGGGAGCGUCGGCUGGUGGCGUCGGCCCCGCAGGGUCGCUCAUUUCGGAGGCGGAGGCGGAGGCGGAGGCGGCGAAGCUGCUGCCCUUCCUGACGCCGGGGGCGCGGGCCGACCUGCAGGCGGCGGCCGCGCGGCACGUGCUGGCUCUGACGGGUUCGGGGCCCGGACGCGCGUUACUGACCGGCCAGGCGGCGCUGCUGCGGGCGCUGGUCGAGUUGGCGGCGGCCCCGGCCUCAGCCCCGGCCCGCGACGCCGCCCGCGCCCUCGUCAACCUGACCGCCGACCCCUGCCUGCACGAUCCGCUGCUGGCGGCGGAGCCCGGGCUCCCAGCCCGCCUGCUGAACCGUGCGUUGGACCCACAGUGUCCCUGGGCCGAGGAGGCGGCCGCCGUGCUGGCCAACCUCAGCCGCGAGCCUGGGCCGUGUGCGGUGCUGAUGGAGGCGCUGGGGGCCGCCGAGCCUGGGGAAUCCGGCCUGGAGCGGCUGGUGCAAGCGCUAUGCACUCCCGGUUACAACGCCCGCGCGCCUCUGCAUUACCUGGGGCCUGUGCUCUCCAACCUCAGCCAACGUCCCGGGGCGCGCGCCUUCCUGCUGGACCCCAACAGGUGCGUGAUCCAGCGGCUGCUGCCCCUGACCCAAUACCCAGACUCCACGGUGCGCAGGGGCGGGGUGGUGGGGACGCUGCGAAACUGCUGCUUCGAGCACCGACACCACGAAUGGUUGCUCGGUCCCGAGGUAGACAUUCUCCCCUUCUUGCUGCUGCCCCUGGCGGGGCCUGAGGACUUCUCUGAGGAGGAGAUGGAGCGGCUGCCGGUGGACCUGCAGUACCUGCCGCCAGACAAGCAGCGGGAGCCUGACGCUGCCAUCCGCAAGAUGCUCAUGGAGACCAUCAUGCUGCUGACAGCCACGGCACUUGGUCGGCAGCAAGUGAGGGACCAGGGAGCCUACCUGAUCCUGCGUGAACUACACAGCUGGGAGCCAGAGCCCCAUGUGCGGGUGACUUGUGAGAAACUCAUACAGGUGCUUAUUGGGGAUGAGCCGGAGCACGGCAUGGAGAAUCUGCUGGAGGUGCGGGUGCCUGAGGACGUUGAGCGGAAGCUGCAGCAGCUGGACCUCCAGGAGCAGGAGCAGUCUGCCUGGAGGCCGCUGGGUCCCCUUGCUCAGAGGCUGGACGCUGCUGAGAAGCAGAGCUACACUUACGCUCCAUCCAGGUCCAUGCUGAGGAUUCUAGAGGAAAUGCCUUGUAAACUUUGGAGGGUUGUGGGUACUCCUGUGCCCUGUUGCUUCCAGCAGGAAUGCAGCUUGCUCAGAGGGCACUGUUCAGCCAGAGCUGGCCGGGCCCUGUGGGUCUCAGGUUCCUCCAGGGGAUGGCCCGUGGAGCCAUGAGCCUGAGCCUGCUCCCACGCAUGGUGGUGGGGCUGGGUAGAAGCACUGCAAGCCUGAGAGGCCAGCUGGAGUUCUCCGGUCCGAGGGGUGGUACUGGGUCCAGUCCUAGGUGAGCACCCAGGUGUAAGCAGUGCCCUUUGCUGCAGUCCUUCCUCAGGUCCCUCCAUCCUGGGUCUCAGCUUGUCCUGCUUGAGCUCCAGCCUCAAUGGGCUGACCUCUUGAGACUUUAGACCACCCCCAGCUUGUCUUGGGGUCUCCGAGGGCUGCACCCCUGCCCUGUGCUUGGAGUACUUGCUGGGUGCUGCCUCCUUUUCAUCCUCUCCAUCUUCCCACUUGAGCUGUGCCCAGCUCUGUCCUCAGCCCCUUGCCAGCUUAAGUUUCCUCUCAGUCCUGGACUGACCUGAUGGCCCCCUGCCGUGCACACUAGCAAGGCCCCCUCCCUGGUCAAUUUCCAUGAGCCUCACACCCCAGAGCCACUCACCUGCCCACGUGGAACUUCCCUGCUGUGCCUGCAGCCCUGCCCUUUGCCUCAGCCGCCGUCUUCCCCUGGGAGCCUGCUGUGGGCCGAGAACCUGGUUCUCUUUGCAGUUCUGUAGCUGCCAAGCCAAGUUCCAUAGGCUAUCACUGGCAGGUUGUCAGUGUGGCCCUCACCCCACUGUGUUCCCUUCCUGGGCCUGCCGUCUUUUGCACAGGGCCCUUGCACCCUGGUGCUACAGUGCAGCUUGGCUCCCAGGAGAUCCCAGAACCCUCGUCCACGUGUCCUCAGUCCUAGGACUGCCUCCAGGGCCACAGGGCCACUCUGCUUGUGCUGUCCCGAGUAUGUGGGGAGCUUCAUGGGUGCGAGCUCUCCCUCCGUGGCCCCUGUGUUCCUCCCCCCAAUUAAAGCUCUGG